GGCGUCGACUUGCUCUCGUCAAUACCAAAUCUCCUUCGGAAUCCCGGUGCAACAACUCUGCGCGAGCUCUCUCACAAGAUGCAUCUGCUCUCACAGUGUGGAGUUGAGGCAUGCGCUGCCAUCGAAAAAAUGAUUUCCGAGCAACGCCACAUGUGUGAGGGCUGGUUCAUCGCCCUGGCAAAUUUGGCCCACGUGGUAGACAAAACCCAGAUCCGGCUGGACAACUACUACAAGACCUACAAUCAGUUCUGCAUCGACGCCGUGCACUGGGAAAAGAAUCUCAAGAGGUUUGUCGUCUUCCUCUAA